GUUACAUGGCACAUUGCAGUCCAAGGGCAAUGCAUAGGAAACUAAUUUCUCUUCUCCUCUGACAGUGUGGGCUGUUUGUUUGUUUAUCUGCUGAAACGUGAUGAUGAAGCCUGUGUUGGUGGUGCAUGGCGGCGCGUGGGCCAUCCCCGACAUGUUGGCUGAGGCAUCCGUGCGUGGACUGAAAGCUGCUGCUCGGGCAGGGAAAGACAUUCUAAAAUGCAGGGGGUGUGCACUGGAUGCUGUUGAAGUGGCCGUGAAAGUGAUGGGCAAUCUAGUCUUUGAUGCAGGUCAUGGCGCUGUUCUGAAUACCGAUGGAGAAGUGGAUCUGGACGCCAUCAUCAUGGAGGGAAAAUCAUUGAGUGCUGGGGCUGUUUCUUCAGUUAGAAACAUUGCUAACCCUGUUAGAAUGCUGAGAUGGAAAAGGUGCAUGGACAAGACCGAGCAUAUCAUGUUGACAGGUCGAGGAUCGAAUCUGUUUGUAGAGAGCAUCAGUAUUCCUACAGUUCCUGCACAGGCUUUGGUGACUGAGGACGAGAGGAAAGAGUGGCAGCACAACAAGAAGUACACUGUCGGUGUCAGAGAGCUUUUUAACUCACAGUGUGGCUAUGACAUAGUUGGAGCAGUGGCUCUGUGUGUAUUUGGGAAUGUUGCCUGUGCAACUUCGACUGGAGAAAUCCAGAACAAAAUGGUGGAAAGAGUUGGAGAUUCUCCUUUCAUUGACUCAGGUGGAUAUACAGACAAUAGAAGUGGUGCUGUGUCCUGCACUGGCCAUGGCGAAUCUAUUCUGAAAGUCACCUUGGCCAGGCUAAUCCUCUUUCACAUGGAACAAGGGAAAUCCGUUCCGUACUAUGAAGCAGCUGAUUCCUCGCUGCAGUAUAUGGCUGAGCGUGUCCAGGGGGGUGAAGGAGCCAUAGUCGUUUUUCCCACCGGAGACUGGAGUGCAAUAUUCACCACUGAGCGCAUGGCCUGGGCUGCCUUCAAGGGCGAAGGUCUCUACCACGGUUUAAACCAGAAAGAAAUGUUUGAGGAAACGUUGAAUUGAUAAUUUAGA